UACCAUGAAGAUCGUUUUCACUUUCACAGUACCCUAACAACACUCACUCUCCAAGUGGGGAUGGAGCCAACUGGGCCAGAGAGUUUUGUGAAGGAAGGUGAGAAUCCAGCUGAAAAGGUCUCCGAACUGAGUUUCGAAAAGGGGGAAGAAAUAGCUAAGGCAUCUCAUGAAUCUCUGGUUUCUGAUGCUGAAUGGGUAUGUAAAAGCCCCAAAGCUGGCGUCUCUUCAACAGCUUCAGGAUGGCCUUCCUUUGAUGACAUCAAAGCAUCUCCUCUCACUUAUUCUCUAUCAGCAGAAGAGAAAGCAACUGUGGCAGUGCUGCAAUUGCAGCACAAAGCAUUAGAAGCUUGCCAGAAGUUCUUAGUCGGGGAUGCUGGUUCUGACAGUGACGAAGAUGACAAAGAUGAUGAGGAUGAAGACGAAUUGGUAGAUGAUUAUGAUUCUAAAGAAUGUGAGGAGUACAAGUUCUUUGAAAAAGUGUUUGCAGAAGAUGGUGACUUGAGGAGAUAUUAUGAGAGCAAUCAUAAGGAAGGGGAUUUUUAUUGUUUGGUUUGUGGAGGUAUAGGGAAGAAGGUAUGGAAGAGGUUUAAGAAUUGUAAGACACUAAUUCAUCACUCCACUGCUAUACUAAGGACAAAAAGGAAGAGAGCUCACAGGGCCUAUGCUCAGGUCAUCUGCAAAGUUUUUGGUUGGGACAUUGAUCAAUUGCCAGCUAUUGUGUUAAAGGAUUUGGAUUCCUCCUUGGCAUGUUCAAGGAAGCUUUUGGGUUUUGAGAAGGAAAGUGAGAAUCUAGAAGGAAAGGUCUUGGAACUGAGUUCAGAAAAUGGAGGAGAAAUAGUUAAGGAAUCUCAUGAAUCUCUGGUUUCUGGUGCUGGGUGGGUAAGUGAAAGCCCCAAUGCUGGUUUCUCUUCUACAGCUUCAGGAUGGCCUUCUUUUGAUGACAUCAAAUCAUGUUCUCUCACUUAUUGUCUGUCAGCCGAAGAGAAAGCAACUGUGGCAGUGCUCCAAUUGCAGCACAAAGCAUUAGAAGCUUGCCGGAAGUUCUUAGUUGGCGAUGCUGGUUCUGACGGUGAUGAAGAUAUCAAUGAUUAUGCUGGUUCUGACAGGGACGAUGAUGAUGAUGAGGAGGAGGAGGAGGAGGAUGAGCUGGUAGAUAAUGAUUCUAAAGAAUGUGAGGAGUAUAAGUUCUUUGAAAAACUGUUUGCAGAAGAUGGUGACUUGAGGAGAUAUUAUGAGAGCAAUCAUAAAGAAGGGGAUUUUUAUUGUUUGGUUUGUGGAGGUAUUGGGAAGAAGGUAUGGAAGAGGUUUAAGGAUUGUGUUGGAUUAAUUCACCACUCCACUGCCAUACUCAAGACAAAAAGGAAGCGAGCUCACAGGGCCUAUGCACGGGUCAUCUGCAAAAUUGUAGGUUGGGGCAUUGAUCAAUUGCCAACUAUUGUGUUAAAGGAUUUUGAUUCCUCCUUGGCAGGUUCAAGGAAGCUUUUGGUUGAACACAAAAUUCCUGUUGUGGGUUGCAUUAAUUAUUCAAAUGGUGAACCUGAUAAUUCCACUGAUAAAUGAUAAUCAUACUGGUGAUUAGGAUGUUCUUCAGGAAAGUGUAGGUAAUGUGAUUGGCACUUUGUUAAUAUGGUUUGUUGGGAGGCUCAUGUACUUGUUGAUGACGUGGAGCCUUGUGAUAGGUUUUUACUUUUGUCCUGUGAAUUUCUCUCCUGCACUAGCGGAUAAUUUUGUAAAUCCUUCAGUUGCAAAUCUUACGCAUUCGAUAUGAUGGCUAACUUGCAAGUAGUUGAUUCACAUUUGGAAGUAAACCUUUUAUAAUUGUAUGUUCUGUCUACUGAAAUUUCGUUGAAUAUGUAGCAUG